GUAAAGAACUCAGUGUCUCGAUAGUGAAGAUAGAUGAAAAUUCUACGUGUGGAUAAAAUCUAAGCAAAAUUUAUCGUAAAGUGGUGUAUUUAGUUGAAAUAAAAGUGAUUUUUCGGCUAACUACCGCAAGGAGCAAAAUUUGGACUGUUUGAGUCGUUGAAAUAACUUCUAAAUAGAAUCUCUCCGUGUCGCAAUCAGCACUCGUAACUGCCAACCGAGGCAACGAUUCCAGCGGAAUGAGCGAGCCCAUUGAAUCUCGCGGUGCUGCUGCUGGUAGCACGGGUGCAGCAGCGGCCGCUGCUGCCCUUGGUCAUCAUCACCACCACCAUCAUCAUCAGUAUCAAGGUAGUAUUGAGGAUAUUGAUCGACAGCUAGAAGCCCUCGAUCAGGAAAGUGAUUCGGAUUCCGAGUCCCUGGAGGAACUGGACGCAUGUGAAAACAUUGAAGUGGUUAACCGAGCCGGCGAAUCAGCCGACGACCAAGCCAGUUCCGGGUUGGAUGUUACCGUUCGUUAUACGAUAUGUCUGUUUUGCAAGAAACCCUUUCAGCUGAAGAAGGAACUGAAGAAGCAUCUAUUUGAGCACAUGAAGAACUUGAAACCAAUGAAGGAGAAGAAGAUCGUAGAGAAGAAGUUCAAAUGUCACAAAUGCUUCAAGACGUACACAGAGAAGGCUCGUGCCGAGAAGCACAUGAACAAGUGCAAGAAGGUAUCCAAACUGCUGCUGGAUAUGAGCAACACAACAUCCGAUGGCAAUCGGAUACUAAGCGGUGGGAGUGACUAUGAGGGCGGUGGUGGUGGCGAUAAGAAGAAGGGUGGUAAAUUCCGGGAACCUACCUCACCGAGAUCAUUGGUUUUCGAUCCGGAAUCGGAACAGGACGAGCGAUGGGAACAUCGCGAACGGAAUACAGUGGUGCAUUUCGAUGAGCGGAACAUUGCACGGGGUGGCAGCACAGACGAAUCGCCAACUUCACCACCACCCGUCAGUGGUGGCGGAGCCGGCGGUGGUGGGGGCAGAGGAGGCGGAGGAUCGUACUACCAGCAGUUCCAGAGGUGUAAGUAACGUGGCGUACGGUUUACGGAAAGACGAGUGAUCGGAGCUUCUAGCAAGUGUUGUAAGGGCAGAAAGUCGCUAGUUCUAUAAGGAUCCAUACACAGUAUAGAGUUAUGUAAGUUGUAAGUUGUGGGAAUACAUAUAUAUAUAUAUAUAUAACAAAACAACAAUAUACGAGGGCCGAUUAUUUGUUGUUUCAUGUUAUGAACGCUAUUAACACUAAAUGACUGAGCGAGCUACGUAGGUCAGAAGAAGAAG